AUGGAAGGAGACUUAGCUGAUGCUGUGACGGAAGCAAUCGAGCCUGUCCAACAUUUGGAGAAGGAAUGGGAGCCUGCCAAGCUUUGCAAGAGACUUCGUGAUUAUUUCAAGAAGGCAGCCAAGUCGUUAGAAUUCAAGGAGAGGUCAUGGAUGGUUUUGGUGAAUGAUUUUGCCGACUCGGCGUUUUCCUCGAUCUUCCAAGCCAUCGGCGAUCGGCAUUGGUUGGACCGAGUCGAUUUCGUCUUCGUUCUGGAUGCUGGCAUCAAGGAGUUCUUUCCCAGACAUGUGCUUGAAGACGUGCCGCAGACAGACUUGGAGCGGCUGGUCCUGGCGGCGCACGAUCGGGCUUUCGAGGAACAAAGAUACCUGCCAAAGCUGUGGGACUUUCUCGACUCGAUGGGCUUGUCUGGCAAGACGCGGAAGAAAGCCUAUGACAGCAUCGAUGAAGGUCGCAAGGUGGCCUUGAAAUACAUGCGAGAUCCGUCAGCUCCCGACGAGGUGAAGGCAUUUGUGUCGCGUUGGGUAGACUCCACGGUCAAGCACUUGCAUAGAUUUACCCAAGGCGAGCCUGCAAGCGUCCUGGAUGAGAGCCAGGCAGCCCACGUCUUCGAGCGGCUCCUGAAGGAAGGCUGCAUGCCCAUCCCACUCCUUGCUGAACAUGGCCUGCCACCAGAGGACUGGGCCUUCGUUCCCUUCGCUGUGCGUACCUCCUUUGCGGCGUAUGCGCAGCCUCGACGGCCCCGCGAGGCGCCGAGGGGCGAGGUCUUGGCUCCGCCGCAAGCGCUUCCAGACACGAGGUCCAAGGCCUACUCCGAUCCUCCAGAGCCAGGUCUGAAAGCGGACCCCUCGGCCGGCGAGCUCCGAAGCCCGGAGCCUGCCGCGCCAGCUUCACAAGGCCUUCAGGGCCCUCCAGGCCCGGCCUGGACAGGGCCACUGGAACUCAUGGAGGUGAAGGAGGAGCUGGAGGGCAAGGGUCCAGCAACCUCAAGGAAAGCACCCAUGCCAGCACCUCCUGCCCCUGGCGGAGUAGGACCAGGCGAAGACCGCCAGAGUCCGACGCCGGCGAAAGUCAUACCUGCCAAGUAUGGCGCACCUCUCCCGGCUCCGCCGGCAGCACCGCCUGAGCCUGGAUUUCGGAAGGCUGCCAGCCCUGUGCCACAGCCGCGCCCGCUGGCACCUGGUGCACUGCCCCUCUCCUUGCAGAGCACGGGACCAGCGAGUAGCCCGGCCGCGGCCGCCUCCGUCGUGGCGCCCAAAGCCACCAGCUUCGCCAAGCAAAGAGCAAUCCCAGGACACCGCCCUGAGCUGCGUCCCCGGUUGCCAGUGAAGCCAGGGAUGAUGGAACCCAAGCUCGAGAGCGCGGAAAGAGAAAGCGCCUGGCAGCCUUCUUUCGGGGUGGCUGAGCUGCUGCCAGGUUCGUUGUCGGUCAAGACCCAAUCGGACGAGCUUUGGGAGUCUGAUCAGAACUCUCAACGAAGCGAUGUGGUGAAAAGGACUUGUGCAGACACGGACACGAUUGACUCCGGGAGGCCGCCGCCAUCGCAGGAGACCGGCCGCCAACCGAUGGUGAUUCGACCGCGCUUGUGGUAG